UCGUCGUUCUCGUCGUCGGGAGUGCGCGCGUGUGUGCGAGCGAGCGCGUGCAGUGCGUCCGUAAUUUUAGGUUCAUUCAGCCACUGAACGUCCGUCUGCUGUCAGUCGCUCGUCGACGGGCGUGCGAGUGCGAGCUGUGACACUUGGGUUGUCGUCGAGUCCGUUGCGCGCUUUCCGAGCAUAGUUAGGUUAAGUUUCUCGUUUCCCUUGCGCCGUGCGCGGAUGAUAGCGCGGCGGAUCUGCAUUCGGACGCGCGAUACGUAUGCCAAAUAAUAACGCGCGAUCUCAGGAGGACAUCGCGUCGCGUCGCGCCUUUCGAUAUACUUUCGCUGGGCUGGUAGCGAAGUGCCACUCGACUGUUUUCGCGAGAGAGAGGAGUUGAGUGUAACCAGCUAGUGUGUUUUGCACCCCUCAAGUUUACCGUACCGAAGGAAGCAACGAUCCUCAUUGGACGGAAUACGCACCGUAACUCGUUGAAGAGGACACUUCGAGGAGAGCAAUCGCGACGAAACGAGACACACUUCGGACUCAGCGUAGCUGUGUUAUGCCGAUUGAGGUGAACCGAUUCCAAGCGCACGGGAAUCCACUAUGCUGACAGUGAUUUGUCCGCACUGCCAUCAUCGCUUCUCGACGUCGGGAUGCUGCCGGCAGCCGAGCGAUGCGUCCAGCGGACGAAGGGACACGGCAGAGGCGGAGGCGGAGGCGGAAGAGGAGGAGGAGGAGAAGUCCGUUAACGGUGCUGGUUGUUCGACGACAACGACGCAGAGCUGUUACACGGGUGGCCUCCUGGUGCCGCGCGGUUACACCAGCGGUGGUGACUUCACCAGCGGCGGCGGCUGCUUCAUAAAGGCGCCGACGAUCAUCCAGGGUCCCGUUGUUGUGCAAUCGGGUGUUCAUUGUGGGUCCACCGUCUCGAUCGCCGGUCCCGACGAUCCCGAGGCGACGGAGUGCCCUUACGAUGUCAUUCAGUCAUUACAGCAGUCGGCGGCGGCCGCGGUAGCGGCGGCGGCGGCGGCUGCGGCUGAAUCGAGUUGCAAUCCGCGGUUGAACGAUUCGACGUCCCUGAUCGCGAAGACGGAGAGUGUCGAGAGGUUGCCUUCCGUCGAGCAGCAGCGUGUCGCGACUACGUGCGACCUCACGGGCGGUAGCGUGACCAUCACCACGCACACUCCUGAUAUACCUGAUGAAUCAGGUGGUUACCUGAUACAGAGUACGGACGGUGGAAUCCUCGUGCAGACGUCGCACAUCGAGAUCCGGCCGAAACUCACCGGCGGCGGUCGCCUCGUGCAGAAGCGACUGUCCACCGAGGAUGAGCAGCUGACGAUGCCCAAGUACGAUACGACAGACGUCUCGCUCGAUGCUGAGAGUAAUGCUCAUCCUCGGAUCAACUUCGCACUACCGAGCGGCUUCUCUGACAAACUACCCGGGAAUAGAGGGUUCUUGACGUUCGAUUCGACGGUGCAGAACGACGAAAGCGCAACGACGAGCCUGAGGCCCAGACAACGAGGGCCGGCGAAUAGGAUACCGAGCGCGAUCAGGACGAAUCAACACAGUGGCCAUAAUUGCAACGGUUCAGUUCAUCAGCAGAAUCUCUAUUGCUCGUCGAAUGAGGUAUCGAGUGAGAUUGCAAUGGACGAGCGCGGCGGUAUGAAGAUACAAGUGUGCGCCACUGUCAAGCUGCCCCUAAAUUUCAUGAGUGGUCAGUGCAAGCUAGACAUCACGGCGACAACGCAACCCAGCCAGGUGGCGACAACGCAACCCAGCCAGGUGGCGACAACGCAACCCAGCCAGGUGGCGCCAACGCAAUCUAGCCAGGUGGCGACAACGCAACCCAGCCAGGUCGCGACAGCUACAGCGCAGCUGUCGUCCGAUCAGGUGAUUGCCCCGAUGGAAUCGGCGCUCGCCAACGUUAGCGCGCGAGACAACACUCCAACGCAAUCAGACGAGAUGAAUGCAGCGAAGAAUCGAUCCAUCCUGAGCGACAGCAUGGAGCGAAGGGACGGAGCACCGACCACUCCGGUGUCCUGGCUGAUGCCGUAUCCCUGGAGUCUAGAAAUGGAACAAGCGAAUCGAGAUCCGAACAGACUACGCGAGACGAAGGAGAUGCUACAGAUGUGUGGCUGGUAUCACGAGGGUAUCAGCUGGCAGCAGAGCGAGACUCUGUUGAAGUACGCGCCGGUAGGUCGUUGGCUGAUGAGGGACAGCUCAGACAGCAGAUACACCUUCGCGGUGUCCGUGCAGACGACCAGAGGUCCGACUUCCAUCCGGGUGCACUAUCUUUCCGAGGGAUUCCGUUUCGACGCCGAGCCAAGAAUGGCGUUGGCGAUGCCGUUCUUCAGUUGUCCUAUCAAGAUGUUGGAACAUUAUAUCGAGUACUCGAAAAAGAUGGAUGAGCAACGGAAGGAAGUGUGGGUCGAUUAUAGUGGGCAGAUGUAUAGUCAGAUUCACUUGACGCAGCCGCUCCUCAAGGAAGUUAGGCCGCUGUCACACUUGGCCAGGCUUGUCGUGAAUCGUCACAAGCUACCUAUCAACCAUCUACCACGCGUAAUGAGAAACUUUAUCACGGAAUAUCCGUAUACGCUUUGACUGAACGUGCGUGUGUGCAUGUGAGCAAUCACGUCGCGUGAUGUGCGUAAUCUUCCAAUAUCUAUAAGUGAGAAUUUAUUUUUCUACGCUACGCCACGCGGUCUCCCUCCGACGCGCUCGCCUUUUUCGACGAUCGCCUACGACUGUUAUACGACUGUAAUUUACACGACUAUAUCGCCUACGAUUAUAACUUCAAUCGUAACUCUCUCAGUUACGAUCAUAUUUCGUCAUUGUCGCUCAUAAAUAUUCUUGCGAUAAUCUUCAUAUUGCAUAUUUAAAUGUCUGGUUUCCAGGCGCCACUGCUAUGCUUUGUUUCUUCAUAUAAAAAUUUUUUAUAGAUUGAUAGAUUAUAAAAUGCCGCCCACUCCUCUGUAUACUACGACAAUGUUGUGCAACGUAAGAAAAUUUUUUUAUUUCGUGGCGUUUUUUAUCAACUGUUCCUCACGUUACUGAUUGUAAAGCUUUUUUUAAUUUUUAAUCAUUUAUUGUUGCAAUAAUGAUUUACUGUUAAAUGUGUAGUGAGAAUGAUUAAAGGUUCAAAAUUAAUUCUCAGUAGAAAUAAUUGCAUUUCUUCGAAAUCUGUUGAUUUUGUGACAAGGAUAGAGAUAAUGUCCAUCAUAUACUUUCGACUCAUUGAUUUGACAUCGAAAUAAAAAUACUAAAUUUAUCACAUAAAACGAACACAAAAAGUUACGAUUGAUGUUUAUCUCGAUCGUCGGGCGAUUGGUCGGAGGUGGUACCACGUGUUAUAGGAGCAUAAUACGUACGGGAAAAAAUUGUUUAAAUCUUCAGCAAUGAGCAAAACGAUAUGCUUGCGAGUCUCAAGUUCGGGCGCAACAGUCGGCGAAGUCGACGGUACGACAUAAUAUUAGAUUAUACGUACGUUAAAAAAAGUUCCCGAGGAACUACGUGAAGUGAAAGUUUCGCAAGUUUCGAUUUCGAGCAGGAGAGUUGUCGAGGGGCUUAUAAAGCCGAGCGUUGAACGACUGCCUGUUGCGUUCAUUUACGCCUAGGUGAAAUAAUAAAUCCAGAGACAUUUAUUAUAAAAUUAUUUAUGAUUCCGAUUGGAAACGCGUGUCUCCGAGACAGUGUUUGCGGAAUUAGCGUACCGAUCGGACUCGUCGAAUGCUUUGCAAUUAAUAUAUAUCAUUUAAUUACGGAUAGGAGGAGCGUGCGAGAUUCGUCUCUCGAAUAUCGUUCAUCAUACAUUUAAGCGUUCUGCUGCCAAGAUUGUUGACCGGUGCUUGCGAGAGUUUAUCCGUCGGGAAAUAAGGGGGUACCAUUUACAUACCCGGAUUAACGUAUAGUGAUGGGUCCACAGCACCGCGCUAGCUUUCGAUAGCGAUUCCGGCGCGAGCGAAGUCAUAUGUAUAAGAUAUUCUACGUGUCACAUGCUGAUCGGAAUUAGCGAUUAUAUUUAUUUAUGAAAGAAAGCUCGGGCACAUUAGUCAAUAAUUUGUUGUAGUUAAGUAUCGUACUUGCACACUUCGGUUCACAUUCGGAACGCGCGUUCCUACAACGAUAAAAGUAGCUUUUUAGAGGCGCUUUUAUCGUUGUAAACGCGUUCCGAAUAUUGAGCCUUUAUAUAUAAUGACGACUAUUGCGAAAUACUAAAGAUUGCGUAAUAAAUGAGUAUCGUAUAAUUGAUAUAUUCAUGUCCACACACAUAUAUAUAUACACACACGUACAUAUCGCGAGCGAAAAACAGACAGGAUUCGCCUUUGAAUAAUUUCUUUAGACACGGAUCAACUGAUUUUCUUUUUUGCUUUUCGUCGCAAAUCCAGAGAGUAAUCAAGAUUGCGUUAGUAUCUUUUAUAAUAUCGACGAUCUCGCGAAUCUACUAAUACAGUUUAAUCAUUGGACGAUUGUGUUAUUACAUUAUGUAUCGUAUCGCUGUUUAUGUACCUUUCAAUUAUUACAUUAUUACGUUCGGACGUUCGCCAUUCAUUGACUCACCUCACGUUUAUCUCAUCGUGAACCAAUUGUGGUCACCGCAUCGCGCACUGUGUCGAUUACUUUGUAACGAUAAUUAUUAACGGUUACGAUAAUUACGAGAGUCCAAUGAAAACGGGAUUCACAAAACCGCCUGCAAAUCUCUUUACGUUUUCUGAUAGACAUCGCGAAAUCGCAUGUUAAAAAUAGCCAUACAGCCAAUUUACCAUGAAUGUUGACGUAUAGCGUAAUAAAAUUAUGGGUCCGUAGACUCAAUGGUCGCACGAAUCAAGCGUAAUCAAGCGUGAUCUUGAUGUCGAAGUAAACACAUCGUCGCGGGCACUGUCGAUGUUAGAUUAUUACUUUUACUAUCCGCAAGUAAGGCAAAACGUAACGCUCUAAGUGUAGAUUUACGUGUGCCGCGUUUGGGAGUGAACGCGGUAGUUUAGAUCAGCAUCGACCGAUCCGAAUAACAUCAGAUAUUAUGUAACACUUGAGCCUAUUUUAAUAUUUUUAAAAAUCUCGCAAUCGCUUGUAGAAUCGACAAUUUCUUUCGGGUGAAAACGAGAUGAUGAAUCAAUAAUUAAAUAGUUUGACAGUACAUGGACGAGAGUUCGUACACUUUAUCUUGGUAAUGCAAAUGAAAUCAUCAGGAAUACGGUACACAAUUAAGACGUUUGCGUCGGAAUAACUGAAGCUACUGCUGAAGAAUCGAGUUACCGGUUUCACCGAGCCGCUCUAUUCUGCUUUACUCUGAAACCGUUUUAUACCUUCCGGUCGUUGCGAUUACGCGUUCGCGAGCCAUCGUGGGCUUUCCUAAUGAUAACCAGCGGUCGCGAGUCUUGUUGACGACGAGAAACCGCAGGAUCCCACGUUAAAGAUAGGCGUAUACGAAACUUGGGUACAAAGUUACUGUGUGUGCGUACUCGGGGAAUCCGAGGAUUCACUCAAUGGCGUAGAUAAGAUAUAUACAUAUAUACAUAUAUAUAUAUAUAUAUACAUACAAUAAAUAUAUAUUUUUCUAACAAUCAUGCGAUCCUGCGUGGCUCUCAGCGAUCAUGAAAAACUUCAUGCUAGAGCUUCAGCUAGGCUGAAGCGGCCGAUGAGCACGCGUAAGUGAAACGUAUGUGCCUCUGUACGCGAGAACUUGACUGCACGCUUUUACGAAUGUACAUGUGUGUAUAUAAAAUACACAUGUAUAAAAUAAAACGAAAAGCAUAUAUACAUGUGUGUGUGUGUGUGUGUGUAUAUAUACACCUGCACUCUUGACAAUUGUUUCAAUCGGAAGUACGUAGUCUCUAUAUUAGAGACAUGCGAGAGCAAGUACGAAUAGACGAUUUUUAUAACUGACAAUUGCUGCGAGAUAAUGUUGCGAUGCGAUGCGUGAGCGUGCGUGUGUCUCUGCGAUGUGUAACGUGAGCGCGAGUAGGCAAGUGAGAACAGUGUAAAACUAGGAAAUUUCUAUAGUUUAUUAUUUAUAGGAAUAGGACGUAGCUGCAAUAUACGCCAACGGUCGGAUGGAUGUAUCUAGUUUGCAAAUCGACGAUUACGAGGUUUCCUGAGAAUUUCGGACGUUCUGCUUUCCUCGAACUGAAAAAUCAAAUAUUGAGCGCCUUAAAUUAUUUUUAUUUCGUUCAAACCGCAUAGGGAUGAUAUUACUUUCUGAAUCGAUAGUAGCUCGCGAUGUUUCAGAGGCGUACGCUCGCGGACAGAGACUGAUGAUCGGGCUGAAAACUGCCAAUAACAUGAAAUGUGCCUAUGCGCAACCUUAGGUUCUAUGUUUACUUGGCAAAUAUUUGCCAAGUAGUAGCAAAGCCUUGCACUCCUCGUGUGGAUACGGUGACGAAUGCGUUAAUACGACGACGUUGUAAUUGAACGACUUUUAUACGUGAGAAAUGUGGAGAAGUCAUGGCUGCGAGCUGAUGAAACCUGAAGAGUUUUUCUUGGAACAUUGGACAUGCUUGUACAAAAUAGAGACUAUUUUAUUUUCGUUUAAAGUACCUAGUAAACGUGUCAUUGCUUGAAUGUUUCGAUAUUGUCAUAUUUUUGUGGCUCAAAGUAUUAUCCAAAUGCUUCGAAAAUACUUGAGACAUUGUCAAGUUUUUUUGUUCAUAAAAGUCACUCGAUUACAUGCUUGAUAAGGCAGUAGAACUUCACCACGUGAGUACGAACGUUCUCGUGGUGUGUCGGAUAUUUGUAAUAUUCGAUGUUUCAUUGUAUCGUUGGAAGGCGAUUUUAGAAACAUUUCAGUCAGUUUGUUGCUGUCAAAACUCGGUGCGUUGGUGUAUUUAUUUGAGCAACCGGGGGGCGAGUGUAUCAAUCGUUGUACACGACAGGGAAAAACGGUACGACAGAAUCGGCCCAUGGAAGGUACAUAAGCGCUAUAUGAACGUACAUACGCCUGCACGAAUCUGGUAUAGGCAUGAUUAUGUUUGUCGUGCGUAAAUUAAAUCGAUCUUUUAUUUAAUAGCGAUGUUUAAGGAUCAAGACAAUGUACUUUAUAUUGCAACUAAAAUGAUGUAUAGCGAACAAAUUAAAUUAUUAAAAACCUAUUUAUUAU